AUGGAUGUUUUAUUGUCGCUUCCUCAGCCGGAAUUAUUCAAAACCAUGGUGAUUCCGUCCUUGGCAAAUCGCAAUAUAAUCAAAUCGGAGGCAAUUCUCUCCAACUUACACUCGAUAUUUUACGUCGCUAUAUUUUACCAUAUUUGGUUUCUUUUCGGCAAGUGGAUCUUAUUCCCACCUUUGGUUAAAUGGAAACUGGACUAUGACCAAAAGCAUGGCGUCAAGAAAGAUGAGAAGGUAACUCCAGAACGUCAAGCUCAACAUUACAAAAAAAAGUACACUUCUUUAAUCAAUCAAAGUUCAGUUCACUUGAUAUCCCUUUUGCAAAGCAUAGUAGUCUUGUACUACUCACUGAAGUUCUUACUCGAUCCAAAAGCCUCGGCCGAGCCCUACCAAACCUCGCAUUCUCGAGUAUUCACGGAAAAUCGAGACACUCAAGUCAUCUGUAUUUUUGCCAUUGGUUAUUUCGUUUGGGAUAUUUAUAUUUCCACCAUGUACUCUACUUUCCCCUUUGUUGUGCACGGAAUCAUCUCCACCGUUGUGUUUUGCAUCGGAUUGAAACCGUACAUCCAAUAUUAUGCCCCAGUGUUCUUGAUGUUCGAACUGUCUAAUCCUUCCUUAAACUUUAGAUGGUUCGGAAUCAAAUUUCUUCCUCAUAAAAGCAAACUCUGCUCCCUACUGCUGCUGUUGAACAAUUUGAUGCUCAUGGUCAUCUUCUUUGCGGCCAGAAUUGCCUGGGGGUGGUUUCAGAUUGGAAAAUUGUGCUACGACUUUUACCAGGUUCGCAAUGAACCUGGUUUCUUAGUCUUCGACACCAUUGUUAUCCUUGCAGGCAAUUUUGUCCUAGACGUCUUGAAUGUCAUCUGGUUUUCCACUAUGGUGUCUGUGGCCGCAAAGGUCUUAAAGAAAGGGGAAUCUGUAGACAAAGUCACUGAGAAUGAACAAUGA